UCUCCAACGGCGAUCCGUUACACUCAUUGACACCAUCGCUGCCCUUCCAACCGUCCGGAGCUUUCGCCUGCUCCUUGUCUUUGUUAAUACCCACAUCAGAUUGCGAAUUCCGCAUCACCCGGAUCGCUCGGGGUCCAGCUGUGCAAAGCCGGUCCGAUAAAACUUCGAGCGCAGUUGAUCGAGGCGGGAGGAGUAAAUCUCUGUAUCUCUUUGGAUGAUUCACGAGUAGAGACGAGCACCCAUGUCUGGAACGAAGAAUCGGAGACAGGGCACAGCGGGUGCCUCCCCGGAAGAUAAGGAGAUUGCGCGAAGCAAUGGAAGCGCCCAGGUAGCAGACGAUACCAUCGCUGAUGGGGAACCUCGGGAGAAUAUCUUUUUGCUGUGGCCAAACAUUAUCGGCUACUCCCGCAUCGUCCUGGCCGUUGCCUCGCUCUACUACAUGCCACUGCACCCACGCACCUGCUCUAUCCUUUAUAGCGUCUCCUGCCUGCUCGACGCGCUUGACGGCUAUGCGGCGCGCUACUUUGAGCAGUCGACCCGCUUCGGCGCCGUCCUCGACAUGGUGACGGACCGGUGCACCACGGCCUGCCUGCUCGUCUUCCUGUCGUCAGCCUUCCCGCGCUGGGCCAUUCUCUUCCAGGGCCUGAUCUCGCUCGACCUGGCCAGCCACUACAUGCAUAUGUACGCGACGCUGGCUAUGGGCGGCGCCGAGAACAGCCACAAGAACAUCGACAAAUCGCGCAGCCGCAUCCUGUCGCUUUACUACACCAACAAGACCGUCCUCUUCAUCAUGUGCCUGUUCAACGAAACCUUCUUCAUCGCGCUGUACCUGCUGUCCUUCUCCUCCCCCUUUCUCUCCCCCUCCCUGCUGCAGACCGUGCCCGACCACGCGGCGCGCGAGGCGAUCCAGCACCACGGCGCGCAGGUCAACUCGUCGCUGCUCAAGCAGAUAUUCACGAACCCGUACAGCGCGGGCGCGCUCGAGCUCGCGCGCGCCAACAAGAUGGACAGCUUCUGGCCGUGGGUGGUGGCGGGCGUCAGCUUCCCCGUCAUGGCGCUUAAGCAGAUCAUCAACGUCGUGCAGCUCGUCAAGGCGAGCAAGUGGCUUGCCGAGGGCGACCUCAGGGCCAGGAAGGCGGCGGGGUUGCCGAGAAGGAGCAAGGGGAAGACUGCUUAAACUUUGGUGGGCUGAGCGGGGAACAACAUUCUCUUGGGUGCUGUAUGCGGGUAACCAAUGGGAAGAGAUUGGUGCUUUUAGUUAUUGAGAGGAGGGGGGAUCUAAACAUAAAUAAGGGAGGUUGACUUUCGACUUCGUGGGAGGCGAGUUAGGGCUGGUUUACUGAGAUCCGAAGGGAUGUAUUCUCGGAA